CCUGGGCGGAGGCUGCGGGGCGGGGCCGGUGGGCAGAAUCCCGGGAGCCCGAGCUCAGCCCCCACCCCAGGGCCUCCGGGGCUGCAUCUCUGGCCAGCGCAGGCGGUCCAGCCUGAGCUCGCUGCCCGCGCGGUGCCUGCGUCCCCGGAGCCGGCCCGGGCCGCGGCGGGGCGGCAGGUGCUCCUGCCUCCCGUCUCUGGGGCAGCUGCCGCCAUGUUCUCCUGUGUGAAAGCCUAUGAGAACCAGAACUACUCUUCCCUGAAGCGGGCCUGUCUGCGCAGGAAGGUGCUCUUCGAGGACCCCCACUUCCCUGCCACGGAUGACUCGCUCUACUACAAGGGUGCCCCAGGCCCCGCCGUUAGGUGGAAGCGACCCAAGGACAUCUGCGAGGACCCCCGCCUCUUUGUGGACGGCAUCAGCUCCCACGACCUGCACCAGGGCCAGGUGGGCAACUGCUGGUUUGUGGCUGCCUGCUCAUCACUGGCCUCCCGGGAGUCUCUGUGGCAAAAGGUCAUCCCAGACUGGAAGGAGCAGGAGUGGGACCCCGAGAAGCCUGACGCCUAUGCCGGCAUCUUCCACUUCCACUUCUGGCGCUUUGGGGAGUGGGUGGAUGUGGUCAUUGAUGACCGGCUGCCCACAGUGAACAACCAGCUCAUCUACUGCCACUCCAACUCCCGCAACGAGUUCUGGUGCGCCCUGGUGGAGAAGGCCUACGCCAAGCUGGCGGGCUGCUAUCAGGCCCUGGAUGGAGGCAACACAGCAGAUGCGCUGGUGGACUUCACAGGUGGCGUUUCUGAGCCCAUCGACCUGACCGAGGGUGACUUUGCCAAUGACGAGGCCAAGAGGAACCAGCUGUUUGAGCGAGUGUUAAAGGUGCACAGCCGGGGAGGCCUCAUCAGCGCCUCCAUCAAGGCAGUGACAGCAGCUGACAUGGAGGCACGCCUGGCAUGUGGCCUGGUGAAGGGCCAUGCAUAUGCCGUCACCGACGUGCGCAAGGUGCGCCUGGGCCAUGGCCUGCUGGCCUUCUUCAAGUCGGAGAAGUUGGACAUGAUCCGCCUGCGCAACCCCUGGGGCGAGCGGGAGUGGAAUGGGCCCUGGAGUGACACCUCAGAGGAGUGGCAGAAGGUGAGCAAGAGUGAGCGGGAAAAGAUGGGGGUGACUGUGCAGGACGACGGCGAGUUCUGGAUGACCUUCGAGGACAUGUGCCAGUACUUCACGGACAUCAUCAAGUGCCGCCUCCUCAACACGUCCUACCUGAGCAUCCACAAGACAUGGGAGGAGGCCCGGCUGCGAGGGGCCUGGACACAGCACGAGGACCCGUGGCGGAACCGCAGCGGGGGCUGCAUCAACCACAAAGACACAUUCUUCCAGAACCCACAGUACAUCUUUGAGGUCAAGAAGCCAGAAGAUGAAGUGCUGAUCUGCAUCCAGCAGCGGCCCAAAAGAUCUACCCGCAGGGAGGGCAAAGGCGAGAACCUGGCCAUUGGCUUUGACAUCUACAAGGUGGAAGAGAAUCGCCAGUACCGCAUGCACAGCCUGCAGCACAAGGCCGCCAGCUCCAUCUACAUCAAUUCCCGCAGCGUCUUCCUACGCACGGACCAGCCUGAGGGCCGCUACGUCAUCAUCCCCACCACCUUCGAGCCAGGCCACACUGGCGAGUUCCUGCUCCGCGUCUUCACAGAUGUGCCCUCCCACUGCCGAGAGCUGCGCCUGGAUGAGCCCCCCCGCACCUGCUGGAGCUCCCUGUGUGGCUACCCCCAGCGAGUGACCCAAGUCCAUGUCCUGGGAGCUGCAGGCCUGAAGGACUCCACGACAGGGGCCAACUCUUACGUGAUCAUCAAGUGUGAGGGGGAAAAAGUUCACUCGCUUGUGCAGAAAGGGACCUCAACGCCCGAGUACAAUGUGAAAGGCAUCUUCUACCGCAAGAAGCCGGGCCAGCCCAUCACUGUCCAGAUCUGGAACCACCGUAUCCUGAAGGAUGAGUUCCUGGGCCAAGUACAGCUGAAGGCUGAACCUGAUGACCUGCAGGCCCUGCAUACCCUCCACCUGCGAGACCGCAGUCGUCGGCAGCCCAGCGACUUGCCGGGCACCGUUGCUGUGCACAUCGUCAGCAGUGCCUCCCUCACCGCUAUCUGACACUUGCCUGUCUACCUGGCCCCCAAAAUUCUGACUACCACCUGCAUGUCCACACCAGGAGACCUGGGACCAGCACGGGAGCCAAGACACUGGGGUCCUUUUCCCAUUCUCCCUCUGACUUGCUGUGUGACCUUGGGAGAUCUCUGCACCCCUCAGAGCCUCAGUAUCCUGAGGACCCCAAAGCAUUCCCUUCUUAUGAGGGCGUCUUCCUGCCUGAGAUUUAAAAUAGCCCUCCCCACCCCAGCUGUCACCGCUCUUAAGGGACUCUAUCCGUUGAAAAUAUUUCCCCAAGGCUCUGCUGUCUGCCGAGGAGUGCCAAGAAGAUGUCACUUGUUUACACACAAACUGCCAUGUCCCCAAGCCCCAUUCCAGCCCUUCGUUUCCCCGGUCCACUCUAGUUUCCCAGACCGCCCUUCCUGUGGGACCUACACCUGGUUUUCAAGCCACCUUGAAAGGACUUGCCAGGCACCUGCUGGGUUCCUGCUCAGGCUAGAAUUUGGGAAAUGUGUGGGUGGUAUUUGUUCAUUCUCUAAUCCUGUCCACUCACCCAUCCAUGUAUUCAUUCUGUAGAGAUUUGGCAAAUGAGUAAGCAACGUCCAAGAGGCUCCAGAGGAGUGGAGCUCGUCUCCGCCUUGGGCCCGGCCUCUGCCCUCGAGUCUUCUCAGAGAGAAGCUGCAGCUGCCAGCUUACUCCAAGCUCUGGUGUCACCCACAGUCCCUGGUCUGAGGUCUCUGGAAAGAGCGCAGCCAUGGGUGAGGAGGGGGCACUGCCUGCCUCCACUACCUGAUGUGGAAAGGAAUGUGCCCAGCUAGGGUGUCAGGUGGGCAGAGGGGCGAGGGGGACCCAUGGGGGAGCAGUGCUCCCCUCUGCCGCAAGGCUCCUAGGAGAAAGGACUCUGGAGUGGGUGGUGCCAGCCCUGGGAUCAUGUCACCUGGUGGGCAUGGCAGGAGACAGGCAGCUUCAUUGCCUGACCAGAGGCCCCUCUGCCAACAUUCCCCCAAAGAGCUGAGGAGGCCAGUGCUCUUGCUGCCUGGACCAAAAUGUUCUUUUUAGUCCUCACUGUUUUCUAUUCUUUCUGCUUUAGAAAUCAAUUUUAAGCAGGGUUUUUUAAAGGAAACCCUGAACCCUCUUCUUCUUCCUUGAACUCUAGCGUUGCUGGUCUUCUGAUUUUAUUUUGACCUCACCUGGGGAGAGAUGUGGACGAAACCAAACCUUCUCCCAGGUGGUCUGCAGGAAGGUGAUGAUAAACGUAUGUGUAUCUGGACAUCUGUUGGCUAGUGCCAACUGUGUCCCUGGAGAACUGUUGCCUGCUGGUGCCCUGAUCCACUUAGGGUCUUCUCAGUGCCCGCCUUGGUCUUCCAGACCCAACACAGCAAGCAAAUGAGAAGUGCAUUUGGUUCAAGAGCAGGAAUUCCUUUUGGGAACCUGAACUUUGACUCCAGACCUUGAAGUGUGGGCCGGUGACCUGGCUGGAAGUGCUGGAUCCUGAUUUUGCCUCCUUGUUCCAUGGCUGGUUGUGUUCCUGGAUCCUGGCCCUGGGCCACAGCAGGGGCCAGGACCCGAAGGAAAGGAGCACAAGAGGAUUCCUUUUCAUGAGCCACAGCUUUCCUCGAGAACCUGGGACUGGAACUCUGCACAUGACCAAGAACAAGUCACUUAAACCUCCUGUGCCUCUAUUUCUCCCUCUGCAAAGUUGGUUCCUAUUUGUCAGCACUCUCGCUAGCAAGUGCUGUGUAAGGGCAGGGGAUACCCCAUCUCCGUGUAUAUCUCUGAAUGCUUACACACUAUGUACACAUUCACGUAAUCACCACUUUUCAAUAUCUACUCGAAAUCAGGACUCCUGAGUCAGGGCUGGAGAGGUGAGCACUAGGUAAGCCAGCCUGGGCCUCUGGGGCUGUUACGGUCUUUUGUUCAGCCAUAUCUCCCUGGGAUACAGGGGCAAAUCAGGACCAGGUGGCAAGCUAGUGUGGGCUUCAGCCUGGGGGCCAGGUGUGCCUCCCACCCCCAGCAGAACUGUACAACAGCCCUCUAGGUAGGCCAGGCUGGCUCCUGGCUGGGCUGGGAUUUCUGUCCCCAGGAGUCCUUGGGGACUGGGUAGGUGAGGAUGGAGGGUGGGUCAAGGAGAGCAAUUAUUUUGUUCACCUUAUCACCCAGGGAACCUGCAGCCCGCACCACUCGGACCUAGGCACCACUCUCAGGGGCCCCCAUGGGGUUAGGGGGAGAGGAAGCCAGCUUGCUUCUCAGAAUAAAUGUUACUACAAUUCCAGUAA